GGGGAGAGAGAUUUGCGCAAGACGCGAACCGCCGGACGCAUCGCGCGUAGUCGCGUUCUCGAGGUCCUUGUGCUCUGUGGGACUCGCCCUGGGCACUAAAGUCAACUGCCCGGCCUCGAGCCCCCUCUCCGGCUUAGCCAAAUGGCUCCUCCUUCCCUUCCCGCCCCGGUCCGGUGGGGCGUGUCUGUUCCAUGGUGAGCCAAGAGGACUUCAGUCUCCAGGGCGAAGGCCGCGGUGGGCUUCAGGCGCCCCAGUCCCGCCUCCGUCCUUCGGUUCAGCCUCGCCUCAGGAGGCUCUAGCCUCAGCGCCACUUUCCCGUCCACCUCCUGGCCUCAGACUCUGCGACCUACUGCCCCCCCCCGCUCCGCCCCUUUCUAGAGCAAGAACUCUCUGCUCCUGGCAGCAUGGAGGGCUCAAAGAAGCUCGUGAACACAGUUUUGAGUUGUGCAGAUGAUGCAUUGGCUGGAUUAGUGGCUUGUAAUCCUGGCCUUCAGCUGCUUCAGGGGCACAGAGUGGCAUUGCGUUCUGACCUGGAAAAUGUGGAGGGCAAAGUGGCACUUAUUUCUGGAGGUGGUUCUGGACAUGAGCCUGCCCAUGCAGGAUACAUUGGGAAGGGGAUGCUCACAGGAGUGGUAGCUGGCUCAGUGUUCACUUCUCCUGCAGUAGGUAGCAUUCUGGCAGCGAUCCGAACUAUGAGACAAGCUGGAGCAGUUGGGACACUGCUAAUAGUGAAGAACUACACUGGAGAUCGUCUGAAUUUUGGGCUGGCAUUGGAACAGGCACAGGCAGAAGGGGCUGUUGUGCAGAUGGUGGUGAUUGGCGAUGACUCUGCCUUUGCAAUACAAAAGAAGGCUGGCAGGAGAGGGCUCUGUGGCACAGUGCUCGUACAUAAGGUGGCUGGUGCUCUGGCUGAGAAAGGUGCUGGUCUGAAUGAAAUUGUUUGCAAAGUUACCGCUGUUGCAGCAGGAAUGGGUACCCUGGGAGUGAGUCUCUCCCCGUGCAGUGUCCCUGGAUCAAAACCUACUUUCCACCUUGCUGAAGAUGAAUUUGAGCUAGGCUUGGGAAUCCAUGGUGAAGCAGGUGUGCGCAGGAUGAAAAUGAUGCCAGUUGAUAAAAUAGUUAAACUAAUGCUAGAUCACAUGACUGACCCCUCCAAUGCUUCACAUGUGCCGCUGAAGCCUGGUGCUUCUGUAGUCUUGAUGGUAAACAACUUGGGAGGCCUGUCUUACUUAGAAUUGGCCAUAGUGGCUGGAUCAGCUGUGCAGUGUCUUGAAAACAGGGGUAUUCACAUUGCCCGGGCUUUCGUUGGCUCCUUCAUGACUGCACUGGAGAUGGCUGGUGUCUCGCUUACUCUUCUGCUUGUGGAUGAUGAGCUCUUGAACCUUAUUGAUUCAGAAACUUCAGCUGUGGCCUGGCCACAACAUGCCAGAGUGUCAGUAUCACACAAAAGAAGAGACAGGAUAGCUCCUGAGGGAUACCCUGAGGAAGAGAAGUUUGUUCCAGCAGGAGUGCCAGCCUCCCCACAGAUGAGACUAGUUCUAGAGACAGUAUGCAAUACUCUGCUGAACUUACAGGACAAACUCAAUGAACUGGAUCGCGCUGCAGGUGAUGGAGACUGUGGCAGCACACAUGCCCGCGCUGCCAAAGCAAUCCAGGAGUGGCUGAGUAUAAAUCCUCCACCAGAGCAUCCAUCUCAACUACUCUCUGCUCUGUCAAGGUUGCUGCAAGAGAAAAUGGGAGGCUCCUCAGGGGCGCUCUAUGGGCUGUUUUUGACAGCAGCUUCUCAGCCUCUACGAAUGAACAGUGAUCUGUCAUCUUGGUCAAUGGCCAUGGAUGCUGGUAUUGAAGCCAUGAAACGAUAUGGUGGAGCUGCACCAGGAGACAGAACCAUGCUGGAUUCACUCUGUGCUGCUGCUGAAGAGCUCAGAGCUCUGAAGAAUCCUGGGGCUAAUCUAAUGCAGGUUCUGGCGAAAGCUGUACAGCGGGCUCAAUGUGCUGCUGAAUCUACCAGGAAUAUGGAAGCAGCUGCAGGGAGGGCCAGUUACAUCAGCUCAACUCACCUAGAUCAGCCAGACCCUGGUGCUGUGGCAGCUGCGGCUAUUCUUCAGGCAGUGUUGGAAGGGCUGCAAGCUCAGCCGGUGUGAUUUGGCAUAAUUUCCCCUUGCCUCAGUGGUCACCAGGUGGCAAGAAGUUGUGGGACCAUGCUUCAUUCCCUGUAUGAGGCUCUGUGCUUGAAUUAAAGAAUCUUCAGAGCAACAGCUUUGCUCCUGCUUUACCCAGUCUGUAACCAUACUUGCCUGAGAGCAUUCUUACAGUGAAUAUUUUUUACUUCUGCAAUUUCAUACAAAUGGAUGGAAUUCUUCUCUAGCUUGGGACCAAUACUUGUGCUUUUCUAAUUCUAAUUCAACCUAUAAAUAAAAUGCCUUACCUUCCAGAGGUACUUGUAGAGUACUGUA